AAAAGAACAAUUUCACUGUGGAUUCUACUACGAUGAAAUUGCAGUUAUGCAAUAUAAGGGGAUCUCCAACGCUCAGUGCUUGGAUGGGUGCUAGCAGGAAAUAAAAUAAAUAAAAUCUCUAGAGCGCCCGCAUUAGAGUACGGACCCGCGUAGACCCCCAUCUUCCAAGAAGGAACAACUCUCCCUGACUAGUGGGCCCAGCAGGUCGGUGUCAUCUGAUCUGAUUAUGUACCGCCUCGGUUCGCUUUGCUCCUCCCCAGUCACCAGCCACCAGUCCCCACUCCCCCACUCGCCUUCCACCACACCCGCGAAAACCCUACCUCCGGAAGCAUCGCCGGUCGAGAUGAAGGGCGGCGACAUCACGGCACCCAAGGGGGCGCCGUACCCCGGGACGGCGGAGAGCCCCGAGCUGCGCUCGGCACUCAUCCGGAAGAUCUACGUCGUCCUCUGCCUGCAGUUUCUCCUCACCGCCGUCGUCGCGGCCGUCGUCGUCAAGGUCCCCGCCAUCCCUCACUUCUUCCUCUCCACCCACGCCGGCCACGGGCUCUACAUGUUCAUCCUCUUCUUCCCCUUCAUCGUGAUGUGCCUGAUGGACUUGUACCGCGAGAAGCACCCAGUCAACCUGCUGCUGCUCGGCCUCUUCACAGUGGCCAUCAGCUUCUCUGUGGGCAUGAUUGUCUUCCCACCAUGCAUGGUCAUUCUGGAGGGCGCGAUUCUUACAACGGUGGCUUUCUUGAGCCUCACUGCUUACACCUUCUGGGCUGCAAGCAGGGGCCAUGACUUCAGCUUCCUUGGUCAUUUCCUAUUUACUUCUCUCAUCGUGCUGCUCGUCUUUGGUUUCAUUCAGAUCCUCUUCCAGCUGGAUAAGCUCUCUCUCAUGAUCUUUGGCGUGCUGGCGGCACUCAUCUUCAGUGGCUUCAUUGUUUAUGACACAGACAACAUCAUCAAGCGUUGCGCCGGCGGCAUUCAUCUUCUGUGGCUUGAGACACGGACGACAUCAUCAAGCGUUACGCAUGACGACUGACGAGUAUGUCUGGGCCCUGCUGACCUGUUUAGCGCGGGUGACAGCUAAAGCGCAUCGCCCUGGCUGCCCUUGUUCACGAGAGCUUGACUUGAAGAAUUGUAUAGGCUGGUCUGUUUCACUGCCACGGUCAAGAUGUUGCGCUUAGUUUGGUUGCGUUGAUAUCCCUAGCUAAGAGAGGAAACAUGAGAAAAUUAACCUAAACUGUGCAUCGGUUCUAUUGGUGGUGCUACUGCGUGACUGAGCUAAUCAUUUCUUAUACUACUCCCUCCGUUUUUAUUUA